AUGUCUCUGACCACCACCAAACCCGAUAUGUUCACCUCCACCCAAACCCUGGCCCCAUUCCCGGCCCCCACUCUCUCCCUCACCACCUUCACUCCCGUUCUCACAAGUUCAGCAGAGCCCAGAACUGAGCCGGAGAACGUAACGUCCAGGACCACCUUCCACUCCGUCACGUCGUCCGCCAACGAGACCGGCCUGAACUCCACACAGCUGCCCAUCGCUUCAGUGGAGGGCGCCGGGAUGGGGAUGGUGCUCGUGCCCUUUGGCAUCAUCACAGUCAUUGGGCUGGCUGUUUUCGUGCUUCUGUACAUCAGAAAAAAGAAAAGGCUGGAGAAACUGAGACACCAGCUGAUGCCCAUGUAUAACUUUGAUCCAGCUGAAGAACAGGAUGAUCUAGAGCAGGAACUCUUGGACCACGGACGAGAUGGAAGCCCAGCAGGACCAAACUCCAAAACACUGACCACAAGACAGGGAACAACGCAGAAACCCAGUCGACUUGUUUUCACUGACGUGGCUGAUGCCAUUAAUGCAUGACGACACUCAUAUGCUGCACAGGAAGAAGGGGACACAGAAAACUGGACACUGGGAUUCAGGAAUAUUUGCAUUAACUUUUGGUACGAUAUAGUACACUGUAAAAAACAAAAUCAAAUGUAAAACAUUGGGUUAAUUGCUGCUUUUGUAGUUAUUCAUUUCUUAAGCCAAAGUUACAGCCCGAAGUGUUAAAGGAAUAUUUCACUCCAAAAUGAAAAAUAAGCUGAAACUUGACUCACCCUCAG